CCAGCUCCGCCCUAAAAGACACCCCCUCCCCAUCAAAUAACCCCUACCAUCAAGCUUUAGCAGCGGACAACCCACCCCUGACAACCCCCUCGAAGCGGAGAGAGGGGACGGAGGCAUAUAUUCACGGAAAAAACACCGUUAUUUGCCCUCAUUCUGGGCCUAAUGCUGUAGCGGACAUCGGAGGAGGGAGCGCGAAGGAGAGUCAACGCAGUGAUUGAGAGUCGGCGAGGGACAGGGCGGACCAGGGAGGAUAUUGCUCAUUCGCCUUGAAACAUGGGAUGUACACUGAGCGCCGAGGAGCGCGCUGCUCUAGACAGGAGCAAAGCCAUCGAGAAAAACCUCAAAGAAGAUGGACUGGUCGCUGCUAAGGAUGUCAAAUUGCUACUACUCGGCGGUGGAGAGUCCGGCAAAAGUACCAUUGUCAAACAGAUGAAGAUUAUCCAUGAAGAUGGCUUUUCAGGGGAUGAUGUGAAGCAGUAUAAGCCAGUGGUCUACAGCAACACCAUUCAGAGCUUGGCCGCCAUCCUUCGAGCCAUGGACUCAUUGGGCAUUGAGUUUGGAGACAAAGACAGAAAAGCUGAUGCAAAGUUGGUGUGUGAUGUAGUCAGUCGUAUGGAGGACACAGAACCAUACUCAGCAGAGCUGCUGACUGCCAUGAAGCGUGUAUGGGCAGAUGCUGGAACACAAGAGUGCUUUAAUCGUGCUCGUGAAUACCAGCUCAAUGAUUCAGCCAAAUAUUAUUUGGAUAGUUUAGAUCGAAUUGGCGCAGCAGACUACCAGCCCACAGAGCAGGACAUCCUGAGAACCAGAGUGAAGACCACUGGUAUUGUGGAAACCCACUUCACCUUCAAAAACCUACAUUUCAGGCUGUUUGACGUGGGAGGUCAAAGGUCAGAAAGAAAGAAGUGGAUCCACUGCUUUGAAGAUGUGACAGCCAUUAUCUUCUGUGUGGCUUUGAGUGGCUAUGAUCAGGUGCUUCAUGAAGAUGAGACAACAAAUCGCAUGCACGAAUCGCUUAUGCUCUUCGACUCUAUCUGCAACAACAAGUUCUUCAUCGACACCUCCAUCAUCCUCUUCCUUAACAAAAAAGAUCUGUUUGCUGAGAAGAUUAAGAAAUCCCCUCUCACUAUCUGCUUUCCAGAAUACACAGGUGCUAAUACUUAUGAUGAUGCUACAGCAUAUAUACAGGUGCAGUUUGAGAGUAAAAACCGGUCUCCCAACAAAGAGAUCUAUUGCCACCUGACCUGUGCCACAGACACAGGGAACAUCCAGGUAGUGUUUGAUGCCGUCACUGACAUCAUUAUUGCAAAUAACCUUAGAGGAUGUGGCUUGUAUUGAGGCCUGAACAAGCACAGAGGUUGUCAUGGAGAGUAUGAGGAGUUAAUAACACACAUGAAUAUAUAAGUCUAUACGUCCAAAUGGGCCCAAAGAGCUGCCGUCAGACACAGCCCUGGAUAACUGCUAUAAUUUUUCUCCUUUCUGUUGUCUUCAUUACAAUUGAAAAUAUGUUUUAGCAAAAUGUUUUUGUUAUCCUUUAUGUUUGUGUUAAUGACUGUCAACAUCUGUUGAGGUAGAGACUGCGGCACCAGGGUUAUAUCCAUUCUUAUUAGAAAAAAAUAAUGCAAUUAUUGGAGUGUACAAUGUAAUGUACAAGGAGAACAUUUGAAUUUAGAUCCUGGUGCUGUGUGUUUGAGGUUCUAUCAAGGCAGAGGCUGCAUUCAGGGUGACGAUUAAGAAAGAAAAACAUGGCACAAAAUUACUCUUCCUUCAAAGCCACACAACUGGUUAGUCUGCAGGCCCAUACCACCUUCUCUCUGAUAUUAAAAAAAUAUGAAAAA